AUGAUCGAUAAUUUAUCUCAUAGUUAUGGGAAAUCGUCAGCUAGGAAUUCGAAUAAAGGUACUCAAAAGCCAAAUUUUUCAAAUUCUCUCAAUGAGCAUACUUUCUUCAGAGAGGAUGGGAGUUGAGGAAGAAAAGGACAGCCCUCUCAGUUAGAUACUUCUUCAACUUUGCAGCGCUUAGGCUUGAACAGAGAGCAUUACUGAGGAAAUUCAGAAGAUCUACAACUUAAACAAGAUAGUAAUGAACAAAUGAGGUUUUCUUUCUCAGUGCCACAAGACAUAGAAGAAGAUUUGAUUAUUUUUAAAGGGAAUUAUGAUACGGAUAACUACCAUACACCUCAAUUAGCUCCUUUGGACCCCAAAAGUCAAGAUAAUUGCUAUAGAAAUACUAAAAAUGUGCAAAAUCAGCCUCUUGGUCAAGCCUCAGAAUGUUUGAACAACGAUUUAACAAUAAAACUCUCUAGUUUGUCAAGCUCUUCAUCCAAAAAUGGUCGGAAAUUUGACCGUGAACUUCCAGAAAAUAUCAUGCAUGAUAUCGAAGAUAUUGGGGAGAUAUUUCCCAUUGAUCAUUCCCCAAAGGAAUUGUCAUAUAACUCAACUGACACAGAUGUGGAGCAAUCUUUGCUAGACAUUUUUAACAAGAGAGUUUCGAACACACAUGCUUUGGAAGACAACCAGAAUCAUGAUGAGAAUGUCCCUGAAGAAGAGACUGAGAAGGAUAUCAACCGCCAUGACAUUCAAUAUCUUGGAUAUGCUCCUGAGGUGAUCCAGAUGAACACUAAUUCUGAUGUAGAUAAAUCUAUAAAUGCUAGCAAUCAUAAGCAUCACUGUAAUCCCUGCAGUGCAAGCUCCAAACAGCAUGGACUUGGUCGUCACAGGUUAGUCUAUAAGCAAAAGUCUACACUCAAUGCUGAUCUAAGCGUAGUCACAAACACUUGUGGUAGCCAUCAGAACCAUCUACAUUCCCAACAGGAACAGAGGAGAAGAAGGAAUAAAGCAGUGAAGGAUUAUUUUGCCACAGAAUCGUUCGUCAGGAGGAAUUCUACCAGAAAAGUAAGACAGAGAGUUAAAAUAAACGGUCAUCAGAAAGCCAAAUACUGAAAUAGCAUUCAGAAAGAUGAAUGUAGCAGGUUCAGGGAGGUUAUGGAGGCAGAGAGAUUAGCUAUUAAGCAUUUACCAAAGAUGAGCCGGAGUCCUCAAAGAAUGCAUUCCUCUUGUAAUUCUGUAUCUUGGAACACAAAUUCUCAAAUGGCAAGACCUCCAUACGCUCGAAACCUUAGCCAUAAAUUUGACUUAAAUCCCUCGCAUUCACAUCUUAAUGGCUCAAAACCUUCCCUUUCUCGAAAUUACAGUCUAAAUACCCUUCACAAAGAUCACCUAAUCUCAGCCUCUCUUUCAACCCUCCCUCAACAUCAACACACCUUCAGUUCAAAGUACAUAGCUCACAACCUGCUUCUAAACUCUUAAAAUUACUCAUAACGACCUAAUUCC